AGCAGAGGCGCCUUCCUCACUCGCCGGCCGACCGAAGGGAGAGCGCCGGCGAAUUCGAGGAAAAGAAGUCGGCACCGUCGCUGAUUGCAACUGUGAUUCAUCCGAGCAGCGCAGACCUGCAGAACCAAGCCCGCCAGCAUGGAUCCUGACCCUACAGAGGGUUUCCGAGAUGCUCCAUCUUUACUGGAACGGACCACCUCCUCUUUAUCCUGAGGAGCUGCUGGUGGGUUCGAACUGCCCACCCACAGCGCCACCAGGGCCCCAUCAGACCUGCCCUGCCAGCGUGGAGCAAACGAAACAGCAGGCAGAGAAUGGACAGAAAACACCAAGUGUUCGCCGGUGUCCGAGGCAACUUGAAACCGGGAACAUUUCCGAAGACGUGCCCACCCCCUGGGGGCCGGAGCAGACGGAGUUGGUGCCCACUCAGAUGCAGAUGCCGCCAGGAAACAUGCUACUGCCCUCCCAGAGCCUGCAGGAGCUGCUGGCCCGAGACACCGUGCAGGUGGAGGUCAGCCCCGAGAAGAAGGGGCUCUUCCUGAAGCACGUGGAAUAUGAGGUGUCCAGCCAGCGCUUCCGCUCCUCCGUGUACCGGCGCUACAACGACUUUGUGGUGUUCCAGGAGGUGCUGCUGCACAGGUUCCCCUACCGCAUGGUGCCAGCCCUGCCGCCCAAGAGGGUGCUCGGAGCCGACAGAGAGUUCAUCGAAGCCAGGAGGAGGGCGCUGAAGCGCUUCAUCAACUUGGUGGCCCGGCACCCACGCUUCUCCGAGGACGUCGUCCUGAAACUCUUCCUGUCCUUCAGUGGGCCAGACGUGCAGAACAAGCUAAAGGAGUCAGCUCAGGGCAUCGGAGACGAGUUCCUGCACUGCAAAGUCGCCACUCACGCCAAGGACUUCCUCCCUGCCGACAUCCAGGCCCAGUUUGCGGCCAGCCGCGAGCUGGUCCGCAGCGUCUACAACAGCUUCUACAAGCUCCGGGACCGGGCCGAGCGGAUUGCGACCAGGGCCAUCGACAACGCCGCCGACCUCCUCAUGUUCGGGAAGGAGCUGAGCGCCCUGGGGUCCGACACAACCCCACUCCCACCCUGGGCUGCACUGAGCAGCAACACAUGGGGGUCACUGAAGCAGGCGCUCAGAGGUCUGUCUGUGGAGUUUGCGCUGCUGGCUGACAAGGCUGCACUCCAGGGCCGGCAGGAGGAGAGCGACGUGGUGGAGAAGCUGAACCUCUUCCUGGACCUGCUACAAUCCUACAAGGACCUGUGCGAGCGGCAUGAGAAGGGUGUGCUGCAUCGGCACCAGCGGGCCCUACACAGGCACAGCCUAACCAAGAGGCAGGCGCUGGGCGCCGCGCAGAGCAGAGAGCCCGAGGCCGUGGAGCAGCUGGAGUCCCGCAUCGUGGAGCAGGAGAACGCCAUCCAGACGCUGGAGCUCCGCAGCCACUUCGCCCUGUACUGCCUGCGCCAGGAGACGCAGCUCGUGCAUGUCUACCUGCCACUCACCUCCCACAUCCUCGGGGCCUUCGUGAGCUCACAGAGCCAGGGCCACCACGAGAUGAGCAAGGUGUGGAACGACUUGAAGCCCAAGCUGCACUGCCUCUUUGCCGGACCCAGCAGUGUGCCAACUCGGCCCCGCUCGCCCCCGGAGGACAGCCUGCUUCCUCGCUAGCACUCUGGAUGCCCCCCGCCCCCCAAC